GCCGUGGUUCCGGGAUACAGGUACUGGUGAGGCACGAGAGACAUCGUUUUCAUGUGAGAUAGAGCGCCAUUACCUGCUUGUGGAUAUCUGGGACAAGCUGUGCACCAGAUGAUGUUGAGAAGAUCUAUCUUCAAAGUAAUCCAUCAGCAAGUGCAACAUCAGGUCACUGAUGCCUCUUCUCUUAUAUUGGAGAGAUCUCUGAACCGCGUCCAGCUGCUCGGCCGGGUUGGGCAGGACCCUGUGAUGCGACAGGUGGAUGGCAAGAAUCCAGUGACAAUUUUCUCCUUGGCAACCAAUGAAAUGUGGAGGUCAGGGGACAGUGAUACAUUUACAUCAGGUGACAUCAGUCAGAAGACAACCUGGCACCGAGUUUCCAUAUUCCGACCAGGCUUGAGGGACUUAGCUUAUCAGUACGUGAAGAAAGGAGCCAGAAUUUAUGUAGAGGGGAAACUAGACUAUGGUGAAUAUGUGGACAAGAGCAAUGUUCGAAGACAAGCAACUACAGUGGUGGCAGACAAUAUAAUAUUUCUAAGCGACUCUGUCAAGGAUAAAGUCUAGCCAGCGCCUUCCCCUGGUGGUCGUUUUGAUUGUUUUUCUGUAUCUAUGUUUAUGUCUGUGAAUUGGACUCUAGCCUUGGGCUGAUAGUGAUGUUACUUCUGAAUGGAUCAUGUAAUUUUUGAUAAUUGUUCAAUGUGCUAAGAUUACAAUAAAGUAAUGGCUGAUCAUA